GUCUCGCGAUAUUACCUCUGGACUGGAGACAUGGUCAUGGCGGAGCUAACCGCAGUCCUGAGGAGGAACCGACCGGGGACCAAAGCCACGGACUUCUACAACUGGCCAGAGGAGUCCUUUGAAGACAUGGACAGCACCCUGGCUGUGCAGCAGUACAUACAGCAGAACAUCCGGUCGGACUGUGCCAACAUCGACAAGAUCCUGGAGCCGCCGGAGGGCCAGGACGAGGGGGUGUGGAAGUACGAACACCUCAGGCAGUUCUGCUUGGAGCUUAAUGGACUGGCGGUCAAACUACAGGGGGAGUGCCACCCAGACACGUGCACCCAGAUGACCGCCACGGAGCAGUGGAUCUUCCUCUGCGCGGCGCACAAGACCCCCAAAGAGUGCCCAGCCAUCGACUACACCAGACAUACUCUGGACGGCGCAGCCUGCCUCCUGAACAGCAACAAGUACUUCCCUAGCAGGGUGAGCAUCAAGGAGUCUUCAGUGGCCAAGCUGGGCUCCGUGUGUCGGAGAAUCUACCGGAUAUUCUCCCACGCUUACUUCCACCACCGGGAGAUCUUCGACGCCUACGAGAACGAGACGUUCCUGUGCCACCGCUUCACGCGCUUCGUCAUGAAGUACAACCUGAUGUCCAAGGACAACCUCAUCGUUCCCAUCAUGGAGGAGGAGUCCCAGGCCAACGAGGAAGAGGAGGAGGAGGAGGAGGAGGGGGGGGGGGCCGCGCAGGAGGACCCCGUCGCCGCUGCCGAUGACUGAGACAUCGUCGCCCACGACGACGACGACACUUCGCCGACACGCACUUGUAUCUGAAACCUCGAAAUCGUCGGCGAACGGCGGUUUCGGCGUGGUAACUCAUGGGUUCUGUUCAUAUCAGGUUGUGGUGUUUACGUCGCCCUUGGAGAUUACCGUGGGAAUGCCAAAAUGAUUGACCAUCGGGAGAAACGUCGGCCAAAACUAAAUGACAAUCCUUACGUUGGCACCGACACUACCCUAAACGUAAAAGUUUUUUUGCAACAAACCUUUUGUGCCAGGUCAUCCUCCGAUGUAAACAAAAUACAUCUUGGGUAUGAAAGGAUGACGCUGUUACCGGGAGUUUAUUGGAGUGAAUAAAUAUGAGUUACGUUUUUCGGCAAAGGUUGAAAAAACAUUGAUAAAUAAAUAAAUUAGCAGUUGAAAUGGCCCACUCAAUUAGAAUAUCCAGAUAAAUUUAUUGAUAAUCAGGAAAAUAUUUUCGGGUAAUCUGGGUGAAAUUGGUGUACAUUUGUUCUGUCUGUGUGGAACCCGUUAAUAAGCAUGAUGUAUGGAGUAGUUAUUUCUAUCUGGGGGUACACUGUUGGUGCGUUGCGGUUCUUAAUAACUUUAUUUUUCUUCGGUUUCAUUUCGCAUUUGUCGGGUCAAAUGGAUUUCUGCAUACUUUUAUCUUUCAUUUGUGUCGAGUUCGGUAUUUAAAACCGAUCUAUUUUGUAACACAAACGGUAUUUGGGUGUGUAGGAUGACGCUAGUACCAAGCUAGCUCGACUGUCAGCUAGCAGAGUGUAAAUAGGCUACUUUUAAACCGGCUAAUCAAUAGCAGCGCCAUGCUAACUUAUUGUGCUAGGAUUCGUGCAACAGUCCGGAAGCGGCCUUAGGUUUUUAAUAACACAAACAUCUCAUCAAAGGUAUCUUGAUUAGGUGUGAUGAAUAAAUGUACCCGAAAUGUCACAGAACUAUAUAUUUGAUGUUAUCGUCAUCCCUGGUGGAUCUGCAUUCACGUUUUUUCUUAUUAAAAAAUAUAUACUGUUUAA